UCAGAACUCAGAAACUUUGAAUAGAGACAACUCAGACGAAUUGCAGAAUUCCCAUCCAAGUCUCGGAACGUGGGCACCGCCACGGCUGGCCUUGGCCAUUCAGCAGGCAUGAUCUCCACAGAGACGAACCAAUGCGGGCUCACAGGCCAAAUGCCGACCUCCACCAAGCCUCACGUGUACAUAUUCGGCGGGCACAGCGGCAAGGGAAUGGUCAUGGCUACGGAGAUCGCCUCCAGCGACAGGACCUGCGCAGUGACCACCAUCUCCAAGCGGGGCAGGCCCGGCGCACCGGGCCCGGCCUCUGCCUUUGCUCAGGCCAUGUCCACGCAGACGGUGCACUACAUGGCGGCCUGCGACGAGAAGGACGUGAAGGCGGUGGAGUGUCUCAUGGAUUGGACCGCGCCCUCCCUGCAGCCACUGCCGGAGGCCCGCUUCAACGUCGCAGAGGUGAUGGAUGCGGUCAAGAAGGAAAUCGCGGAUAUGAACCAGCUGCAGCUUGAGCGGGCUCUGGCAACUGUACAAGGCCUCAAGAAUGCUGUCCAGAAAAGUCUGAGGCAGAUCAAGGCACGUUUGGAGUUCAAGGACUGCAGUGACCAAGAGAGGACGCGCUUGCAGGACAUGCGCCUGGAUUUGCAAGAGAAAGAAGCGUCCUUCUUCGAGCUGAUCGCUGACUUGCAGCAGAAGUUGGGUGAGGAGGCCCCGCCAGCUAGUGCGCAGCAGGAGAUCUGCCAUGUGGAAACCUUGCUGAAGCAGAUGGAGAAGGAACUCGCCCUGCAAAAGGGUGUCUGAGUGAGACGUUGGCUCGGCGUGCCGAUCCAUUCUUCGAGACAG